AUGUCCUCCUUCAAUACCACCUUCAUGCAUCCUGCAGUCUUCCUGUUGAUGGGGAUCCCAGGCCUGGAACACCUACACAUCUGGAUAUCCAUUCCUUUCUGUUUUGCCUAUACUCUGGCCCUCCUGGGAAACUGUACCCUUCUUUUUAUCAUCGUGGUGGAUGCAGCCCUUCACGAGCCCAUGUACCUCUUCUUAGCUAUGUUGUCAAUGAUUGAUCUGGUUCUGUCAUCUUCAACCCUACCCAAAAUGCUCGCCAUUUUCUGGUUCAGAUAUCGGGAGAUCAACUUCUAUGCUUGCCUGGUCCAGAUGUUCUUUCUCCACUCUUUCUCUAUCAUGGAGUCAGCAGUGCUGCUGGCCAUGGCCUUUGACCGCUAUGUGGCCAUCUGUAAGCCGCUACAUUAUACCACGAUCCUGACCGGGUCCCUCAUCGCCAAGAUUGGGAUGGCUGCUGUGACUCGGGCUGUCGCACUGAUGACUCCACUCCCCUUUUUGCUUAGACGUUUCUACUACUGCAAAGGUCCAGUGAUCGCCCACUGCUACUGUGAGCAUAUGGCAGUGGUGAGGUUGGCUUGUGGAAACACUCGCUUCAACUUUAUCUAUGGCAUUGUUGUAGCUAUGUUUAUAGUGGUGUUAGAUCUGUUCUUUGUCAUUCUAUCGUAUUUCUUCAUCCUUAGGGCAGUUCUACAGCUUGCCUCUCAGGAGGCUCGCUACAAGGCUUUUGGGACCUGUGUGUCACACAUAGGUGCCAUCUUGGCCUUUUACACACCCGUGGUUAUCUCUUCAGUCCUGCACAGAGUCGCUCGUGGAGCUGCCCCACAUGUCCACAUUCUCUUUGCUAAUUUCUACCUGCUCUUCCCACCCAUGGUCAACCCAAUCAUCUAUGGUGUCAAGACUAAGCAGAUUCGUGAUCGUGUCUUGGGACUCUUUCUGAGAAAGUCUGUGUGA